AUGUCACUCAAUAUAGGAAUCCCAGCUCCCUCACCCACGGAAAUUUUGUUUGGCAAAGGCUUGCUGGACGCAUUUUUACGCACUAUCACAAAGACUAUUGAAGCUGCACCGGUACCUCUUGCCACAGCUCCCAAAUGGAAGGCGACAGCUGCGAUUCUCAAGUCCGCCAUUAGGGAUGACAUAUCCAAGCUUAUUUUGAUUAGGCCACAUAUGAAAGUAAGAGGACAUCAGAUCGACCAUGUUUUUGAAUUGCAGUAUUUUGUUUCUGCUUUCCUCUUCACUGUCGGCCUGUAUAUUAUGACAACUGGAGACGUCACGUUCAAGCCCGAUGUAACCGAUAUUUCGCUGGCGGUAACAAUCAUCAAUUCAGAGAGCAAUGUGUGCGCUUUGGUCAACAGGAAGCACAAGUUUAAAAGGGAGUUUUUCAGAGCGUCUGAAACCAAAGAGUUCUACGGAGAUGAAGACACGAUCACAGCCAACCUUGACACGCUCCUGGAAUACAUGUGUACAUACAGCUCUCGCUUCUCAGCGUACCUGACAGAGUUAUCAAAGACAAUCUUAGCAAAGCCCGAUAUCCAUACACCGUUCAAGACAAUGUUCAUCGCAAAUCUCCUCUUGACGCCGUGGUGUCAGGGUAUGAUGUGGAAGCCCAUUUUCGACAACGCACGCCUUCAUCAGGUACCCUUUUCCAAAACUGUCACCAUGAAAAAUUAUAUGUCGCAGCCCUGGAUGAACGACAAUCUGGUUUAUGAGAAGAUCUCGGUAGCGAUUGGCGGCGAACCCACGGAAGAUGAAUAUAUCAAGAAAGGCGCGAUGGUCUAUACUUAUGACAAAGAACAACAAGAAAUCGGUAUAAUCGAGACCGAGCCGUUCACGGAAGAGGAGUUGAGGAAGCGGGGGUUGUGGGAUGAUGACUCGUGGCUGGAGGAACCUUUACCGAUUUAA